AUGGUAAAUGGUAGUGAUGGAGAAACCCAACAACAUGAUGAUAUCAACGUUGAUGUUGUGUAUGAAUCUAUUGUUAAUGGUGGAAACAUGGAUGUUGUACCAUUUGAAGAUUAUCCAGAACUAGUUUUGUGUAUAUUAUGGGGGGCGUCCAAUUCUCUCGGUGAAAGUGAAUUAGUGAAUUAUCACGAGUCACCAAAUGGGACUUCUUGGUGGAUACCUGAUCAUGUAGCCGAAGAGUUUAAACCUGUGGAAGGUUCUUUGUGGGGUUCUAUUGAAGAAGCUUUUGCAAUGUAUGAAAGAUACGCCGAGAAAGCAGAUUUCUGUGUUCGCAAAUCAUCAUCAAAGUAUAGAAAAGGCCAGGAUAUGUCCCACAAGUAUUUUUUAUGCCAUAAAGAAGACUGCAAAGCUCGAAUUAAGUUGUCCAAGGUUAAAGGAUCAGAUUGCUUCCGUCUAUAUGGCUUUGAGGAAAAGCAUAACCAUCCUCUUAUUGAUGAGUACAACAAGCAUUUGUCUCGUUCAAGACGUCAGUUGACAUUUCAGGAUCAACUUUUUAUUCAAACAGUGUCUACAAACAACAUUGGUGCAACCAAAGCUUAUAAGCUGCGUGCAGCAAUGAAAGGUGGGUAUAAUAAGGUCUGUGGAACAGUUGUGGAUUACCAGAACUUCAAAAAGAACAUAAACCUGUAUAUUGGUAACAGGGACGCACAAAUGUUGGUUGACAAGUUUAGAAACAGGGCUAAAUGUCUACCAGAGUUCUCUUUUGAUUACAAAACCGAAAACAAUGAGUUAAUUUGCCUUUUCUGGGCUGACGAGACAGUGAAAUGCAACUACAAGGUGUUUGGUGACGUGCUUGCGUUUGAUGCCACAUAUAGCACAAACAAGUACAACAUGGUAUUUGUCCCAUUCACAGGUGUCGACAAUCAUAAUAGAUGUGUCACAUUUGGGGCUGGUCUAUUGUUAAAUGAAAAUAUCCCAUCUUAUUCGUGGUUGCUAAAGGUCUUCUUAAAGGCACACAACAAGCAACCAAGUUUAGUUUUAACAGACGAAGACCCAUCCAUGAAAAAGGCAGUCAAAACUGAGAUGCCAAACUCACAACAUCAACUAUGUAUGUGGCACAUUAUGAAAAAGUUACCACUAAAGGUUUGUGGAGAUAUACUUGAUAACACAGAUUUCAGAAUCCGUUUGCAUAAGUUAGUUUGGAAUGUUUUUUUAAGACCUAAAGAAUUUGAGGAAAGAUGGACAACAUCCCGGUUUGAGAGCUCAAAUUCUUUCUUUCGGGUUUUUUCACACAAACUACACACUCUUGUCCAGUUUAUGCUUUGUUUUGAGACUGCAAUGGAGAAGCAGAGACAUGCCCAACGAGUUCUCAAUGAUCAUACGAGCACAACAUGUCCGACGUUGAUUACUCCUCAUGCAAUUGAGACCCAUGCAAGCAAAAUCUAUACAAGAACAAUGUUUUUGAAGGUUCAGAGGGAGAUUUAUAGAGGAUCAUGGUCUUGUUCACAAACGUCAGUCACUAAGGAUGGCGGGAAUGAGAAUAAAAAUGUGCAAGAAAUACCAAAAGAAUAUAUAAGCAAACGUUGGAGAAGAGAUGUGCUCCCUCGUCAUUUGUUACAUGACAAGCACAGAUAUGGUAGAAGGAACGAUGAGGCAGACAAGAUUGCGACUGAAGCCUUUGAAAACCUGGAGUUGUGUUUCAGUAGGCUACGCAACAACCCUGAGAAGUUAUCUGAUUUUGUUUCCAAACUGAAUAAGUUAACUGAAGAUACUUUGGCAGAUCUUCCUAACAUUAGUGGGAAAGAAGACAAAGAGGUAGUCUAUCAGGAGUUGCUCGGGGUAACAGAACCAGAAGAGCUUACAAUUUUACCGCCGACGCCCGCUAAAAACAAGGGAUCAGGAACUCACACUGGUAAAAGAUUGGUUAAUCCGGGCGAGAAACAUGUGAAAAAACGCAAACGUCAAAUGCGUGAGUGCAAAUGGUGUCAUGAAGUGCAAGAUAAACAUGACUCGCGCAAUUGCCCUGACAGACUUGCAAAGUUAGUAGCCGAAAGUGCGUCCAAAAGAGCCAAGUUGGCAGCCGAUAAAGCAGCCAAUCAAUCUGCAAUAUAA